AUGACCAAACCAGCUAUCGUCAUUGUGCCUGGUGCAUGGCACAGACCUCAGCACUAUCACUAUGUCAUCGAUGGACUCAAAAGGCUGGGAUAUGAAGCAGAAGGCGUGGACCUCCCUUCUAUCGACUCGAGUCCGCCACAUUCGACUUGGGAAAAAGAUGCCGAAGAAGUCCGUCGUGUCAUCUUGAAGUAUCUUGAUGCUGGCAAGGACGUCAUUACAGUCGCUCAUUCAUUUGGCGGGAUUGCCAUGGCUGAAGCCGCGAAAGGGCUUGGGAAGGCCGACCGGGAGAAGCAAUGCCUCGAAUCUUCAGUUCGUCACCUGAUCUACAUGUGUGCGAUGGCUUUACCAAAAGGACAAAGCUAUGCAGGCCAGAUGGUACCAGCGACCCCCGAAGAAGAGGAGUUGGACAAACAGCGAAAGGAGCUGCAAGAAAAACAUGGCGGGAUUCAAAUUCAAGCGGAUGGAUCGAUGGUACUCGAUGGAGAUGUCUGCAGCCUUGCGCUGUACAACGACUGCGAUCCUGGAGACGUGAAAGAAGCAAUCUCUCUGCUGGGAUCAUUUCCGCUUGCCCCAUUAGCUGUUCCAGUCACCUACACGGCUUAUCUUGAGAUUGCGAGCACGUACAUUGUGUGCCAGAAGGACCAGGCUUUGCCGGCUUGUGUACAAGAGAGAAUCGUAGCACAGGGAAACGGCGCAUUUCAUGUUGAGCGAUGCGAUGAAGGUCAUUCACCAUUCCUGAGCAACCCAAGCUAUAUUGUGGACUGUGUCCGAAGAGCGGCGGGCGAGGUCAUUUAG